CAAUAAUUUUUUCAUUAUUAAAAAUGGCAACUCAAUCGAUCUUCCUUUCUGCUGUUCUAUUACUUUUUUUUUUCCUUUUAAGUGCUGCAGUUGAAUUAGUUACAUGUCACUGUGUCACUUGCUAAAUGAUUCCAACAAAACAUAUUCAAGCUAUUUUAUUUAAUUUUAAUUAUUAAUUUAUUUUAAAGAAACGUGUUUAUAAUUGGUCAUCAAACAAGAAUAAUUCAUACUUUUCUGAUAUUUUAUCGUUCUGAUUUGAUAACAGUUUAAAGAAGACAAGAUGGCGCAUAUGAGCCCGACUCCAACUUGGGAUAAAAAUACCGGUAUGCCUAUGUUAUGGAGCAGACCUGUUCCAGUUGACAUGGCAUGUUGGGUCUUAUACAACAACUUUGCAAACAUGGAUAUUAAUGGAGGACAAAAUGGAAAGCAACCUAAUGGCCACCCAGCACAAAGAUAUGUUCCUCCUCACAUGCGUAAUCGCCCAACAGAUCCUGGAGUUGUUAACCCCACACACUGGAAUAUGAAUCAAUAUGGUCAACCUUCAGAACAGAAGAGAUCUCCAGAGUGGCACAAUCAAGUGCAAGAUUGGGACAGAAAAAAUCAGUAUAAGCCUAGAGGUAAUUACAAAGAUAAUUCUGCCAACCAAACUUAUUCUCAAAUGGGACAGAAUAUUCAAGAACAGUAUUUGCAGUCUAGCAUGCCUACUGACCAAAGUGAUGCUCUUAAGCUGGGAGUUCAAGAUGAUCCAACUUCUGGUGAUAAGACUGUGAGAAACUUCAAUAAUACAUAUAAUCGAAACAAAAAACCAGGGUCUGAACAGUUUCGUACAAAUACGUAUCAGCCUAGAAAGAAUGAUGGAUCACGAGGUUGGAGAGAUGGAGAAGCUAAAGUUGAUAGUAGAGAUUCAAAUAGGUGGGAUCGUCGCACUGGAAUGCGCAAUGAUGAUGAGGAAGAGGACUGGUCUCGUCCAUUGCCACGCGACGAAAGAGUUGAAAGACAACUUUUCGGCCAAGGGCAUACUGGCAUCAACUUUGAAAAAUAUGAAGACAUUCCUGUUGAAGCAACUGGUGAAGAUUGUCCUGAUCAAAUCAGCAAUUUUGUCGAAAUGCCUUUGACAGAACUUGUACGAUUUAAUAUUGAUAUGGCUUGUUAUAAGAUCCCCACUCCUGUUCAGAAGCAUGCUAUGCCUAUAAUAUUGAACAAAAGAGAUUUGAUGGCUUGUGCUCAGACUGGAUCAGGAAAAACUGCUGCUUUCUUGAUGCCAAUUCUGAACCAGAUAUUUGAAGAAGGCCCACCGAAAAAUAUACCCGUGAUAACUAUACAACAGGUGCAGCCACAGACUCGUUACCCUGGGCGUAUGAAGCAAUAUCCAAUGGCUCUAGUUCUUUCUCCCACCAGAGAAUUGGCAUGCCAAAUAUAUGAAGAGGCAUGUAAGUUCUCAUAUAGGUCGCGUGUACGUCCAUGUGUUGUCUAUGGCGGAGCUGACCCAGUGCAGCAAAUGAAAGAUUUAGAUCGUGGAUGCCAUCUUUUGGUUGCUACACCUGGCAGAUUAGUAGAUAUGAUAGAGAGAGGAAAAUUAAGUCUUGAAAUGGUGAAAUAUUUAGUACUUGAUGAGGCUGAUAGAAUGUUAGAUAUGGGAUUUGAACCUCAGAUACGUCGCAUUGUUCUUGAAGAUAACAUGCCUCCAUUAGGGAAAAGACAAACUUUGAUGUUUUCAGCAACAUUUCCUAAAAAAGUUCAGGAAUUGGCUCGUAACUUUUUAAACAAUUACAUUUUUCUUGCUGUUGGACGUGUUGGCAGUACUUCUGAAAAUAUUACACAGAAAGUUGUUUGGGUUGAUGAACAUGACAAAAGAUCGUUUUUGCUUGAUUUGUUAAAUGCCGCUGGAUUGAAAAAUACAGUUAACUCACGAGACUCUCUAACUUUAACGUUUGUUGAGACAAAAAAAGGAGCUGAUGCAUUGGAACAAUUUCUUUCUAAAGAAGGCUAUCCAGUGACAAGUAUCCAUGGUGAUCGAUCUCAGAAAGAAAGAGAAGAAGCUUUGUGGUCAUUUAGAACAGGAAGAACUCCCAUUUUAGUGGCAACUGCUGUUGCUGCCAGAGGUCUGGAUAUUCCCAACGUAAAACAUGUUAUAAAUUUUGAUUUGCCUAGUGAUAUUGAGGAAUAUGUUCAUAGAAUUGGGAGAACUGGUAGAGUAGGAAAUUUGGGAUUGGCCACUUCCUUCUUCAAUGAAAAGAACAGAAACAUGGCUGUUGACUUGGUAGAGUUAAUAACAGAAACCCGUCAAGAAUUGCCAGAUUGGCUAGCUGGUCUAGCUAAGGAAGUACAAGUUGAACAUAGAUCGAACAACCAACGUAAAUAUGGAGCCAGGAGGUAUGGUGCUGGUGGUUUUGGUUCUCGAGAUUACCGUCAGCUGGGACGUGAACGAGGUGGUGCCAAUGUAAAUCGUAGCGUUCCUCCUCCAAAUUUCACCAAUCCUAACUUUCAAGCUGCUGCAGCAUAUGGUGGAAACCACUUCAUGAAUACAUAUCGUAGCAACUAUGGUGGAAGCUAUGCCACCCCUGGCACAGAUUGGUGGGGGAACUAAUGUUAUGUAUUUACCACUGGCUUCAAUUAAAUAUGUUAAGUUUUCUCUUUACUUGAUGAAUAGAGGUGUAUGUGCUCUGUGGUCAAUAUGUUUGAAUACUAUGCUUGUUGGAUUCAUUUAUCAUGCACAGUAAAUUGUUCUUUUUUUAAUUUUAUUUUGAGUUUUGAACUUGAUAUACCCUUACACGUGCAUAAUCAAUUGCAGCAUAGAGUGGUAUUUCUUAACAAACACUUUUCGUUAUGGUGAUUGUGCUCUUUGAAUGUCAUUUUGCUUAAUGUACGGAAGUAGUUAAUGUUUGCCAGUGGUUUAUGUUUACUUUUAUUGCACUGAGUAUGUUGUAGCUGUAGUACUUUUCAGUCCCCAUUGCUGCUAUUUAGUUAAUUUUUUUUUUAUGCUAUAGGUAUUGUGAUCACUCAAAAAGAAUGAGUAUCAUGAUAAUAGCCUUCAUUGUUAUUUAUUGCAUUCUUAAUUCAGUUGUGUACAUUUUUCUCAGAACUGCACAAUUAUAUCUUGCCAUUCCAACUCGAAAGAAGUUGUAAAUUGAACUUGCUUAACUUUAUAUGAUUUUUGGUAUUAUCAUCACAGUAUUUCACAUUUUAAUACACCUAUUUAUCAUUUCUCAUACAACCUCACACUGAAAUAUAUUCAACAUUGUGUUUUUUGUUAACUUAUAUGAAAUGUGAUUUGUUUUUUUAUAUACUACUUAGUUUGUUAAAUCGUGCAGUAUUCGCAUUUCAUGGUGCAUAAGAGCUUGUGGACUUAAUUAAGGUCCAGGGAGAGAUUUGUUUUUCCUAUUUCUUGUGUGUUAUACAGUAAAUAUAGACUUAAAAAUUUUAUGUAGUUUAUUUUUCAUGGGUGAGAUUUUUACAUUUGUGUUGUAAUGAUCUUUAUUGAAUUAGCUUAAUGUUGAAUAAAGUAUUAGUGUGGAAGUUGUGCAACUACGAAUGAAUGUUAAAAAAAAAAUUUGAAUAAAUGUGCGGAUAACGUGGACGUUGAAAUCUCUUAAUAGUAAUUUGUAAAUGCAUAGGUGUACAUAACAUUUUAAAAUUUAAAGAAAAAGAAUAUUUGUUAGUGUUUGUAAAUUUUAUUUUAAUUUCUUAAAAAUGUCCAGCCUCAUCCGUCUUAUUGAGAUGGUUGCAUUUUAACAAUUAUUGUUCUGGGGAGAAAUGACAAUUUUUUUAAUAUUGUCAUUCCUAUAUAUUUUCCAAGUUGCAAUAUUGUGCUUCAUAAUGGAAAGCAGCAAGGGGACCUAUAUUAAUGUUUAUAUCUUUAUAUAUGAUAUUGAUAUAUAUUAAUGUCUAGGCAUUGUGUGUGUGCCUGCAUAUAGAAAUUUGUAACAUUUCUGUGUUUUUUGCCGUCCCAAAGCGCGGUUUGAGCUGAAGCUCUUAUUUUUUUUCUCUUCUCAAAUUGGCAUUUAUUUGGCAAAGUGACAAUUCAUUUAUUUUCUUUACUAAAUGUAAGCUUAAAACAGAGGUGGCUUAUCUUAUUCUGCUGCAUAAUAUUAUCUUAGAAAUUUUUUUAUCAAUAUUCUCAGAAAGCAUAUUCUCUUGUAUGUUUAUACAUAUGUAAUUUAUUUGCUAUCUCCGUUAUAAUUUAUUCAAUGACAAAUUAUUAAACAAAAUUCGAAAACAUGUAGUUUUAAAUAUAUUUAUUAACAGCUAAAUAUUAAAUAGCACUGUAACUAUGCAGUCUUUAAUAUAUUGAUUUAAACUUAAAAUAAUAAAUAACUGCAAUGAUUCAUCAUUUCAGUAAAUGCUUAAACAUAUAAUGAUAUAAGAAUAUUUUUGUGAUGCGUGCUAACCUGUGUAAAAGUGUAAAUAUUUUGAAACUUACGAAGUAGCAGAGUAUGAAAAAAAAUAAUUGUGAGUGAAUGCUUAUACAAGUAGAAUGUUUAUAAAAAAAAGUGCAAAUUUAAAAAAAUUGAAGAUUUGUCCCAUAAAUAUUGAAAAUAAAAGAAAACUUAAUGUGUUAAUGCCACCCAUUUUUCGGCACCCCUUUUAAGCCACUUCUGGUUUAUUUAAGUUAUUUAAGGAAAAUUAUAUAUUAAGCUGUUUAAUGUGUACUGGGAGUGUUUAACCUGUGACACUAUUAGAACAAGAAUAAACUGUGAUUUUAUUGUCUUGUGUUCAUUGUUUAAGUCUCUGUCGCUUUGCCUGUACUUUUCUUUAUUAGAUUGCUCUAGUUGUCCCAUUUAAGGUUAAUUGUAGUGCGUUAUGUCUUGUGACCUUAAAAAUAAUUUAAAUUUUAAACAAAGUAUGUGGCAUUGUAGGUUUUCUUUCCUUAAAUGGGAUUAAUAGUGUUGUCUUCAUUCAGGUCAGCCUUGCCAUUCAUAAGAGGUUGAUUAACAAAGCCUAUGGUAUGAUAAUAUGGCCGCUAAGAUUUAUAGUUUUAUACUGCUGUGUUAAUUUUCUACAACACCUCCAAAAAAAGAGGUUACUUCAUCUCAGUCUUUGCUCAGUAAGCGAGCAAAAGCGAAAUAGGUAAAGUAGUAAAAAUUACUACAAUUGUCUAUGUAACUAAUAAUUACAAUGUGUUAAAUAGUACGCCCAUAAAUUUUCUGCUGUAUAGUAAUUAAAAGAAAUGUUUUGAGCAUUUCCUUAUGUGCUGUCUUUAUAUUUCCUAGUCUAGUUUCUUUUAUAGUAAAAAUCAAUUGAAGAAAUGCGUGUGAAUCGGCUGCUCGAAAACUAGGGUCAGUCGGUUUUGAGAGGAUUUCUUCAUUUUUAAAGAAUUCCAUUUAAAAAGUGUCCGGUGAUUCUAAACUUAUUUAAGGAGGAUAUAGGAAGCUUUUUUCUUAUGUAGUGGAUAAAUGAAAUCUGCGACUUUUAAUUGCCCUAAAUAAAGUUUUAUUAAAUAUCAUAAUAUUUUGUUAGUAUGGUGCUCUAAGAGUCAUAAGUUGCGCAUGACUGAGUACUGUGUAUUAUAGAAGCGAGUCGAAUCUUGCAAUUUAAGGUAUAUAUAAAGAAAAUGGAACAAUUAGAUUUAUCUUUUAGUCAUUAGUUUCAUAGAAUUUUGAGUUUUUGAUGAUGUCAUAAAUUCAGGUAGAGAUUUUCUACAAAAGUAUUACAUUUCAGCUGAAGUGAAUUUAUCAUAGUAUUUACAUGAUUAUUUAUUCAUUUUGAAAAUAAAAAAGUGAAAAUGUUGUUCUGAAGCUUAGUUAGCAAUGUCGAUAGAUAUUGCUAUUUUUGACUUAUAUCUGAACUGUGAUACUUUGCGGUACUUUUGUUAUUUUCUUCUGUUAAAAAAUUAGUGUAACAUUUGAUAGACAUAGUUUUUUUUAUUAUUUUCUAAAAUUGUACUUCAAAUGAUCUGUUCAGAGUGGUAAUUUUCAUAUUACGCUGCCAUGUUGAGCUAUUCAAAUAUUUUGUGUUGAUUAGGGGCCAGUCAUUAUGUUAUAAAUUUGUUAUUUAUUUAAAUCCAUAAAUUUUUUAUCGCUAAAAUAUUUUUUACUAUUUCAAGUGUCAAUGCACAUCUGUAAGUGCCUCUAUGAAGAAUAAAUCCUUGCAUUAUGCACUUAAAUGUGUUAAGGAUUUAGUAUUUCUAAACUUUAAAUUUAAAAUAAAUAACUUUGCUAGGUAGAGAUAAAAAUUAUCAGUUCCUCUCUAAAUUUUGGAGCUACAUAUUUUUUUUUCAGUCCCAAAAUUAUUGGCUUAAUGUUUAAGCUGUUUGAGUUUUUUUUUUUUAAAUUACUUAUUUUAAUACAUAUUGCAGUUGAAAAUGUUUCAUUUAUGUAGCACUCGUAUGUGAAAGGUGCUUUCAAUUUUAUUCUUUAUUUAUAUAUAUUUACAUGUUUUUAAUCAACAACUACAUCUAUUUAUAGUUGUGAUAAGUAUGGUUUAGUUAUAAAAAUACAAAAAAAUUUUAAUAACACAAUGGUUAUUGAUCUGUACAUAUUAUUUAUACAUGUAAUGUACAGGCCAAAACUUUCAUCUAUUCACUUAAAACACCCCAUCUUGCAUUAUAAAAUUUUCUAGUCUAUCAAAAACUUUGCAUAAUAAUUUUUCAUGCAUGGUCUUUUAUUCAUGUUCUUUUUUUCCCCUCAUUUUAUCAUCUAAAUGUUCUAAUUUUUUUUUCUUCAGCUAUCAUACCUGCCAUUGUUAUUCCUUUAAAAUUAACUUUUGUUUUUAAUCUUAAAUCUUUCUGUAAUGUGAUAAAAAUUUAAAAUUUUUUACUAUGUUAUGCAUAACUAAACAUUCAAAAUUCAGGAUAUUAGUCUUUUUUUUUGUCCUUUUUUUUAAAACUUUUAUAAGCAUUUUCCUGUUUUAUAGCUUUUAUUUUUUUGGUGUGAACUUUUUAAUUGCUGGCAUAUACUAGUUAAUAUGGUAGGUAUGCAAUGUUUUCACCCAUAUGUUAAUUUUCUUAAGACUAUUUUACCUUAUAGUAGGUUCUUAAAUGCAUUCCAUCAAAUUUUAAACAUUGCUCAGAUUUUUUUUUCUCUCCCCUUUUGGUUUGUGUGUGUGUUAGUGCCUUACCUCGCAUUUAAAUGCAUGAUUAUUGGAGGUACUGUUCUAUAUCUGUACCAUUUGUUUCUCGUACGAUGGGGUGAUAAAAGUAAUCCAUUUUGUACUUAAAAUUGAAUCGUCUGUGAUAGCAUAAUUGAGAUGCCAUUCACAGAAAUAAUAGAGCACAACUGUAAACUAUGACCAUUACUACAUCUUACUGUAUUCUUGAUCUGAAUACUGGACACUACUAGUAUCUGUAGUCCCAAAAAUAAAAAUAGGAAAGUAAAUAUUACCUGCAAUCUCUAUCACUGUUGUAAAUAUAUUUUUUAAUUUUUUUUCUUCUUUUUUUACAAUGUCCCUGUGGUGACGAAAAAUUUAUUGUUUUUAAGUGGAAUUUCUGAUUGUACUAAUAUCAAAUCUUAGUCGAUUUUUCACGGUUUCAAAUUGAAAUCUGUUUAGUGUCACAUUGAGUCAAUAAAAAAAAUGUCUUUAUGAGCUUCAUUCGUCAGGAAAAAGUAAAUUAACUGGAAAACAGAAGAUAUUAAGAAAAAAAUAAAUUUCUGGUGUUUUUUCAGAAUAUGUGAUUUUUUAGAAUAAAGGUAAAGAUCUUGCUUGUACAUAGGCUUUGUAUUAGAAUCACGUGGGAUGGCAAAAAUAAAUUUAACUAAUAAAAAAUAGUUAAUGUAUUUGUUGUGAUGCAUGGUUGAUUCCUCUUUAAACCCUGGAGGUUUCGCAACCAUUUUUUUUUCUAUUGUAAAACUGGCUGUCAAUUAAAAGAUUUCGUUGAUUGAA